AUGUCUUUAAUCCCAACUACCGCUCCGUUACAAUCUAAGCUAAAGCCCGUGCUUUUCGUCCAUCUUGACGCUGGAGAAGCCAUUCCAGUGGUGCAAAAUGCCACCCAGAACCUUGUUGUGGUAAAGUUGACUGGUGGUUCAGUCAAGUCUUUGGACACCAACUACCCGUUUGAGACUGAGAUUUUGUUUGGUUUUGAUGAUUUGUCCACCGCUGCCGGAGCCACCAGAACCACCUUGGAUUGCAAGAUUUACUUGCGGACCCCCUCUGGCGCUGGUGUGUACAUGACCUACAGCGGUGUCGUUGAGAUGGCAGGCAAGGCUGCUGCGAUUGCAGGCAACCAGGGCGAAUCUCAUAUGGAAUUUGAAGAGGGCUACAUCACCGCCAACCCGAAGUUUACGUUGGAUGGUAAGGUUGAGGAGGAGUACAAAUGGGUCAACGACGAGAUUUUUAUUGCCAGAGGGAGAUUCCUCAGGGAUACCGAGGGGAAGUUGAAGGUGCAAUACUACGUUUACAUCUACGACCACUAG